AUAAUAUAACGCUCGUAUCAGGUACAUUCCAACAUGACAACUGAUAAGACAUGUCAGAUUAGCUCACGUCAACUAUCUUAUCUACGACGACGCAAGACUCAUGGGGUUAGUGUUUCAGGGUGUCAGCGCGGGGCAGCACGGAGCUAAGACAGAUGCAGUAAUGAGUGUCGGGACGCGGCGGAGCGUGUUGCUGGCCCUGGUGCUGGGUGGCGUGCUCCUGGGGCUUGCUGCUGGCGACUACGUGCCUUUGAGCAUCCUCUGCGAUGACGUGGAAGCUAUUUGUUCCCAGUACGGCUACGGGGACAACAUCACAGAAUGUGAAAGUGAUGAGCGGAAAUUUUUAAACCCUGAAAUUUGUAACUGCGGUAUCAUGUGCAUCAAGAACCUUAAGGAGGGUGAUUCCUGCUACACAUCAUCCCUAACAAACUACCCAAGCAAGAUGUGUGGGCCCGGCUUGGUGUGUAUGCAGACUCCUAGCAGCCCCAACUCUGCGAUGUGUGUAAGAAAUGAUGCAAAGCAGUGUUUGAAUGAAACCUUGUUGUAUGAGGAGGAGCAGGUGUUAGGCACACUCGGGCCUGGCCGCAAUAAGCCCAGCUGUGAUGAGUAUGGCUUCUAUUCUUCACGCCAAUGUAGUCCCAGCAGCACGUGUUACUGUGUCAACAAAGAGGGCAAGAGGCUCUAUGGUGAAGGACUGUUUACCCAAGAUGCUGAAAUGAACUGUAAAUGUUCACGGUACUGGGAAGAAACAUUGAACAAGGGUCUGAAUAUUGGGAUGAGGUGUCUGCCAAAUGGUAAUUUCGACUCACUGCAGUGCCUUGGCGAAAUCUGUAUUUGCUACAAUGACACAACUGACGCUGUCACAUAUGGCCCCGUCUCCAUACUAAUGAUAGAUUUCAUGCCUUGCUACAACUCAAAAAUUCACACACUGUCCUACAUCAACCCAUGCCACCGUGCCCAGGAGGUGUGGGACAACCAAGGCAGCGGCAUCAUCGUAGCAGAGGCAUCAAGGCCAGUGUGCUCUCCUGAUGGGUACUUUGCACCAGUCCAGUAUCUCCGUGGCAUGGCAUACUGUGCUGACAAGAAUGGGAAUCGCAUUGAAGAUUAUGAACUUCCCAUCCAUGAGGCAGGAAGCAUGACUUGCAACUGUCCAAGAAGACGACAGCUAAUGGAAGAAAAUGGAUAUGGGGCAAGCAAGCCCAGGUGCUGUUCAGAUGGUGAGUACUUCCCCUGGCAGACAAGAGGCCCUCACUCCUACUGCGUAGAUGAGAACGGCAAUCAGUAUGGGACCACUGUCACCAUCACUAAUAUGCAUGAUCUUGAAUGUUACUCAGAUCAGCCUUGUCAAACAAGUACAUGAACUAUGGCAAAAUUAUAAUAAUCAUACUGCUGUAAGAGAGAUCAUACUCCCAUGACUAGCGUUAUUCCUGAACUCUCCAGGUUGUGAUUGAUUCAGUAUUGUAUAGCUCCUUAGAUCUGCAGUUAUUCUAUAAGCAGCCUGCCAUCUAGGUUGAAUUCAAUACUUUAUGGUGCUACUAAUUAUUUUGCAAAUGAGCAGAUGUCAAUAAGAGGUGUUCCUUCAAAAUAUUCUACUGUAUUGGUGACUUAAUUACAUUCUAAAAUACAGACCACUGUAUCAUAUAGGAUUAUGCACUGUGCUGAUAAUAAAAAUAAGUUACGUA